AUGGGCAGCAGCUGCCGCAUCGAAUGCAUAUUCUUCAGCGAAUUUCACCCUACGCUGGGACCCAAGAUCACCUAUCAGGUCCCCGAGGACUUCAUCUCCCGUGAGCUGUUUGACACCGUCCAGGUGUACAUCAUCACCAAGCCAGAGCUGCAGAACAAGCUCAUCACUGUCACAGCCAUGGAGAAGAAACUGAUAGGCUGCCCUGUGUGCAUCGAGCACAAGAAGUACAGCCGCAACGCCCUGCUAUUCAACUUAGGCUUCGUGUGUGACGCCCAGGCCAAGACCUGUGCCCUUGAGCCCAUCGUCAAAAAGCUGGCUGGCUACCUGACCACACUGGAGCUAGAGAGCAGCUUCGUGUCCACAGAGGAGAGCAAGCAGAAGUUGGUGCCCAUCAUGACCAUCCUGCUGGAGGAGCUAAAUGCCUCAGGCCGGUGCACUCUGCCCAUCGAUGAGUCCAACACCAUCCACUUGAAGGUGAUUGAGCAGCGGCCUGACCCUCCUGUGGCCCAGGAGUAUGAUGUGCCUGUCUUUACCAAAGACAAGGAGGAUUUCUUCAACUCACAGUGGGACCUCACCACACAGCAGAUCCUGCCGUACAUUGACGGUUUCCGCCAUGUCCAGAAGAUAUCAGCCGAGGCAGACGUGGAGCUCAACUUGGUGCGCAUUGCCAUCCAGAACCUGCUGUACUAUGGUGUUGUGACACUGGUGUCCAUCCUCCAGUACUCCAAUGUGUACUGCCCAACACCUAAAGUCCAGGACCUGGUGGACGACAAGUCCCUGCAGGAGGCAUGUCUAUCCUACGUGACCAAGCAAGGGCACAAGAGGGCCAGUCUCCGGGAUGUAUUCCAGUUGUACUGCAGCCUGAGCCCUGGCACUACUGUGAGAGAUCUCAUUGGCCGCCACCCCCAACAGCUGCAGCACGUUGAUGAACGAAAGCUGAUCCAGUUCGGGCUUAUGAAGAACCUCAUCCGGCGACUACAGAAGUAUCCUGUGCGGGUGUCUCGGGAUGAGCGGAGCCACCCCGCCAGGCUUUACACAGGCUGCCACAGCUACGAUGAGAUCUGUUGUAAGACAGGCAUGAGCUACCAAGAGCUGGAUGAACGUCUGGAAAACGACCCCAACAUCAUCAUCUGCUGGAAGUGA